AGGAACAUUCCUGAGUUGUUUAAAUAUCUGAAUGUUGAAAAAGAUGAAAUGGAUUUAAGAGCCAUGAUUGAGGCAUUACUCAACCUGAUGGAAGAUCCUGAUAAAGAUGUUAGAAUAGCUUUCAGCGGGAAUAUCAGAUAUAUUUUGGAUUCAGCAAACUUUGAAGAAGGAUAUCUGAAUGAGCUAUUGGUUGCAAGGAUAAAGGAAGCCUAUACAAAGGCUAAGAUGUCUAGGAAUAACGAGUUAAAAGACACGCUGAUUCUGACAACGGGUGAUAUUGGAAGAGCUGCUAAAGGAAACCUGGUACCAUUUGCAUUACUACACUUGUUACAUUGCCUGCUUUCCAAAUCCCCAUCUGUGGCUGGUGCUUCUUACACAGAAAUCCGAUCAUUAGCAGCAGCAAAGUUGGUCCGGCUACAGGACUUUUUCAGCCAGUAUAAGAAACCUGUUUGCAAAUUACUUGUGGAGUCACUGCACACAAACCAGCAAAUUGUUCUGAACAGCACACCAGGUAGUAGCAGUGAGAUGCAGAAGCAGGAGGCUGCACAUCACAGGGAAGCAGCUCUUGAUGUAUUAUCUGAAAUAGCCAAUGUAUUUGACUUCCCUGACUUGAACCGAUUUUUAAAUAAAUCAUUGCAACUUUUGCUUCCAUAUCUGGCAGCCAAAGCCAGCCAGGCAGCCUCUGCUUUAAUCAGAACGAUUGCCAAACAGCUCAGUGUAAACCGCAGAGAAAUCCUGAUCAAUAACUUCAAAUACGUCUUUUCUCACCUUGUCUGCUCAUGCACCAAGGAUGAGCUUGAAAAGUCGCUUCACUAUCUAAAG